AUUUUUUUCUCUGGACUUGCGCAAAGAGCUCUCUAAGAGCAAACAGGAUACCCUAUAAACCGUAUAAUUCGACCAAGGCCCCAAUGGUAUGCGCAGCGCUCCUGCAGAUCACACUGAAUGAUUUUCACGAGCUCACAUACGCUGCGCUAUGUCACAAGUAAACAUCUGAACCGCGCAUUUACCAAGACUCACCUAUCGCAAGUCAUUCGCACCAUGGCUUCGAAGAAGAAGACACAGGAUACGCCGUCAGUCAACACACGAAGGGUGACGGUGAACGGGGAAGAGUUCCUAGAAGUGAAGGAAGGUCUAGGUCGUAUCCUGAACCCGUACUCAGCGCCGAAAGACUCCAAAGAUGCCGUGAGCGAAGAGGAGCAGCAGAAGGUCUUUUACAAUCCUAUCCAACAAUUCAACCGUGAUUUGACCGUCCUCGCUAUCAAAUCUUAUGGACAAGAGGUGAUCGCGAGACGGCGCGCCGCCUCCGAGAGAAAGGUCAAUAACAAGAAGAGGAAACGAGAGGGUACGGAAGAUGGUAAACCUCAAAAGGAGGCAACCUCAUCAGUCGGGACAGAUGCGACUGUACCACCGGUCGAGGUGAUAACUGCGACAACAGACGAAUCUGGUGAUCCUAUGGAUAUAACAGAGCCGCCGAAGGAACAACGAAUCAAUGGAACGAGCCAGGUAGAGCAAGGUGCCGGCGUUGCUCAAACCGACAACUUGGAAGCUCAGGCCGCCACUAAGGAGCAAACUGAGGGCGCCCCGAAACACAGAAAUUUGCAGCCCCCGAAGUUCACCAUUCUGGAUGCCCUCUCUGCGACGGGGCUACGAGCUUUGCGUUAUUCCCAAGAAUUGCCAUUUGUAACCUCAGUAACAGCAAAUGAUCUGACACCAUCGGCGGUUGAGGCCAUCAAGCGUAACGUGGAACAUAACGGUGUCGGGUCCAAGGUCAAGGUAAACCAGGGUGACGCUAGGGCACACAUGUACUCUCUGAUAGCGGAAGACCUUGCAAGAGAGCACGAGAAGAACCCUCGGGGCUUUAAGAAGAGCCCGAAUGCACCAUCAGGAAAAUACGAUGUCAUUGACCUGGAUCCCUAUGGAACGGCGGCCACUUUCUUCGACGGGGCAGUCAACGCUGUGCGCGAUGACGGGGGCCUGCUCUGUGUCACCUGCACUGACUCUGGUGUCUGGGCCUCGAAUGGAUAUCCAGAAAAGGCGUAUGCGCUCUAUGGUGGCGUUACCGUGAAAGGCUUCUACUCGCACGAGGUAGGCCUCCGUCUGGUGCUACAUGGACUAGCAAGUACUGCCGCACGCCAAGGUCUUACCAUUGAACCCCUCCUCAGCUUGUCUAUCGAUUACUACCUGAGGAUUUUUGUUCGCGUGAAGAAAUCACCCGCCUCGGUCAAGUUCCUGGCUGGGAAAACGAUGUCUGUAUACAGCUGCGAUCAAGGUUGUGGUUCUUGGGAGACGCAAUUGCUGCUACGCAACAAGAAAGUCACCAACAGCAAGGGCAAGGGUGUGUUUUACAAACAUGGCUAUGCUCAAGCGCCCACCACGGACAGCACUUGCAAGCAUUGUGGUAGCAAAACGCACCUCGCUGGUCCCAUGUACGCCGGUCCUAUUCACUCCGCUGAAUUUAUAGAACGCAUCUUGGCAGAUCUACCAAAUGUGUCAAAGGAUGUGUAUGGCACCACACCCAGAAUCGAGGGCAUGCUGCAUACAGCGCUUGAAGAGUUAUCAUUGCCGGCUCCAGAAGAUCCUUCUGAAGCCUGCAAAGAAGACGAACUCGCUGCCAUUGAGCCAUACCCAUUCUUUUUCCACCCUACAAUUCUUGCAGGCGCCGUUCACUGCUCCUGUCCGGAUGAGGAGAGCUUCCGUGGUGCGCUUCGUGGACUAGGAUAUGAGAGCACACGAAGUCAUUGCAAGCCAGGAAGUAUCAAAACUAAUGCUCCUUGGUCGGUCAUCUGGCACAUAAUGAGGGAAUGGGUUCGCCAAAAGGCCCCUGUGAAGAAGGAAAAUAUCAAGGAGGGUAGCGCAGCGUACAAACUGCUGAGGCUCGACCAAGAGAAUACCGAAGAAAAAGAGGGGAAAACAAGUCAAGACGAAGUUGACAAGCUGGAGGUGGUUUUUAACCAGGCUCUGGGGAAAGACAAAUUGAAGAAAAAGAUUGUCAGAUAUCAACAAAAUCCCAAAGAGAAUUGGGGUCCCAUGAGCAGAGCCGGGCAUUAGCAAGGGUCAAUAAACUUCCGAUGAAAUAAGAAAAACACAUUCAAACAA